AUGGCCCCCAUUGUUGACGUGCUGAGCGCGCCGUCUGUCAUUUCAAAUUCUCAUUCCGCUGCGAUGGACUCUCCAAGGGUCAGCAAACCCAUACACAUAUCCCCGAUGCCAGAUCAAGCCAAUAUUCAAUCUCUUUUGGAUGAAAAUGGCCUUGAAUACACCCCAGAUGGCGAGUUCAUCCGCUGGUCAGCUUCAAACAAACAUCAUCCUCGAAAUUGGCCCAUUGCGCGGAAGAUCUACGACAGUAGCUUGAUCAUAUUUCUGGAUCUUUUCACAACUGCCAUCAGUACGGCCGGGAGUUCUGCUGCCGAUCACGCUCGUUAUGAAUUUGGAAUAGAAAAGACCCUGGCCCUCUUCAUCUUCGUCUCCAUAUAUUUGUUGGGCCAAAUGGUCGGUGGUAUCAUCUUCCCCCCUUACUCGGAAGCAUUCGGUCGCAAGAAUCUAUACAUUGUUAGCACUGGCUUCUACAGUGUUUUCUGUGUGAUGGUUGGCGUGGUGCCCUCUCUUGCAGGAGUGGUAGUCGGUCGAUUCUUCUCUGGCUUCUUGUCGGCGAUACCUACCAUCGUCGUGGCAGGUAGCAUUGAAGACAUGUUCAACUCCAAACAUCGGGUGUGGCUCAUAUUCCUCUGGGCCAUGGUCGCAAACAUGGGUCUAGCACUGGGCCCUAUUAUGAGUAUUUACAUCACAGUGCAUUUAGGCUGGCAAUGGGUUUUCUACAUCGCCGCCAUUGUGACAGCUGUGAUCACUAUCUUCCUGUUUGGUAUACGCGAGUCACGACCGUCGUUACUUCUCGAACGGGAAGUUGCCAAGAUCCGUAAAGAAAGCGGCAACAACACCCUACAGGCGCUGAACCCCGAUAGUACUCCCGAUAUAAAGACCUUCGUCCGCAUCGCCCUUUUCCGUCCUAUCCAGCUUUUCUUCACGGAACCAAUUGUCUUCAUGGUGGCAACGAUGAGUGCGGUUGCAUUUGCCUUGAUCUACUUGUUCACCGAGGCCCUACCACCAAUCUAUGAAUCGAUGGGCUUCUCGAGCACCUCAUCCUGUCUACCUUUCAUCGCAAUCUGCAUCGGUCUCGUAUCGGGAUUGCUCACUCGCAUACAAGAUCACCGCACAAUUGUCAAAUACGAAGAGCAGGGCAUUCCACUGAAACCAGAGCACAAACUUCUCGGCUUCUCAAUCGGCGCUCCUGUUUUGGCUGUAGGUUUAUGGUGGUUUGCAUGGACAAUCCCACCAAUCGCCGAUGUUCACUGGAUUGUUUCAACGGUCGCUCUUGUUCUCAUUGGAUAUGCCCUAAAUGAGUUUGACUCAGUUCUUGCGGGCUAUCUCGCUGACAGUUAUCUGAGCUAUGCGGCAAGUGGAUUUGCAGCCCUUUCGCUUAUUCGCUCAUCUAUGUCGGCUGCAUUUCCGUUGUUCGCAAGACAGAUGUACGAGGGACUUGGUGCAAACGUAGCAUCCUCGAUUCUUGCCGCGUUGGCGACCUUGUUUUGUAUUAUUCCGCCCCUGUUCACCAAAUACGGCGAGCAAAUUCGGGCUCGGAGCAAAUUCGCUCGGUAUAGUUUACAGGUGUAUGAGGAAAACGGCGUAGACAAGAACGGUUACUGA